UCAACCAACUUAAAAAAAAACAAAAGCUUUUCGUUCCAACCUGAAUCCAUCCCCCUUCCACUGUGGGAGGAAUUUGAAAAUAGGCUGUGUUGCUGAGCAUGUUGUGUGCAUCAGACCAUGCCAGCAGGGUCAGGAGGUUAAUACAGUUGCUUGACUUGAGCGACCCCUGAAAGGCAUAAAUAGCAGACUGCUGAGGCCAAGAUUUCCAGUCUAUCCUGCAGACAGCCUCGACUCAGCUGAUCUCCUGUCCUCUCCUCUCUUCUCCACUCUCCACGUCUCCGCCAGCUCUGCAGACCCUACCCCAUUGCUCAAAACAACACAUUUGGAUGAUCUGCCCAACAUACACUCUCUCCCCCAGUAACAGUGUGGAAAAGAUGACAGAUGUCCAUACAAGAGGUCUCCUGGGUUGGCUAGCCACCUUGUUCAUGCUCUGUGGGACCCUGGCAAUGCCUGUGGAGGUAGACCCGGAGUGUUCUGGAGGCACCAGUGCCAAGUAUAGCCUGGUUUUCACAGGCAUGUGGAGCCAGACAGCCUUCCCCAAGCAGUAUCCCAUGUACAGACCCCCAGCACAGUGGUCCCAUCUAAUUGGUGUGACACACAGCUCAGACUACUACAUCUGGCAGAGAAAUGAGUUUGCCAGUAAUGGUGUGCGCGAGUUUUCGGAGAAAGGCGAAGCCUGGACGCUAAUGAAGGAGGUUCAGGCGGCUGGGGAGCGAAUCCAGAGUGUCUAUGGGGUAUUCUCUGCCCCUGCUGUUAUUGGAGGGACAGGCCAAACUUCCUCUGAGUUUGAAGUUUUCACCAGGCACUCCCUUCUUUCCUUCAUCAUACGGAUUGUGCCCAGCCCCGACUGGUUUGUGGGUGUGGACAGCCUCAACCUUUGUGAGGCAGGCCACUGGAAAGAGAAUGUUUCACUAGACCUCUUUCCUUAUGAUGCUGGUACAGACAGUGGCUUCACCUUUUCCUCCCCUAACUUUGAGACCAUCCCUCAAGAGAAGGUCACAGAGAUAACCUCAUCAUUCCCCAGCCACCCAGCGAACUCCUUCUACUACCCCCGGUUGAAGCACCUGCCUCCCAUAGCCCGGGUGACUCUCACAAAGGUCAAGAGUAACCACAUCUUCAGCCUGCCCCUUGAGCCUACCCAGUCCAACCAGAUUCCCACUGGUAAUGAGAUCGGGGAUUCCCUAAUAAAUACCCCACUGGAUUGUGAGGUGUCAGCAUGGUCCCCCUGGGGCCUGUGCUGGGGGAAGUGUGGGGAGCCUGGGGUGAGGCGCAGGACCCGCUACAUCCACCUCCACCCCGCCAACAAUGGGGCAGACUGCCCCCCACUGGAGGAGGAUAAGACCUGCGACCCCGAUAACUGUGUGUGAGAGGCAAGCCCAUACCAGAAGGUCCAUGGGUGCAGAUAUUUCACUUUUUGCUGCUUUGCAGCCUUCAUAACACUAGGUGGCAUGAGUAUGCCAACUCUGCAUAGUGCCUCUUUCAGUUGUUGAGAUCCCAGGCAGUAUUCAGUCAAAUUCCUAUGCAGAAUAUUUAAGGGAGGCUAUCUCCUAAGCCCACCCAACUGGGUAGAAUCAGAAUGGGAUUUUAUAAAUCUCAUAGCUGGUGUAGUCUUAUCCUGGGGGCCUGAAGUGUAGGCAGCCUUCUGUUAUGGUCACAAGCUUUUUUUUCUCCUUCUUCUUGCCUAAUGAGGCGGCCAGAAUAAUGUCUGCAGGAUGAAGUCAGUCACAGUUAUUGCUUAGUGAACAAAUCCUCAACCUAGUCUUCAGCUCAACCACAGAAAACUUGUUAUUUUUAAGGUUCCAUGUCGAGAAUUGCACAUUUUCACUAGAAUUCUACAACAAACUACAUGGGAAAAAUAUUUUUGUAACUGUCUACAUAUUUUUAACAGAAUCAUUUGCACUGUUGGAAAUCUUGCUAUGGUAAUAGAAAUUGCACUCUUAGUAGUUAAAUGGCAUCAGAAUCUAUGUACUCCACAAUGAGAAUUGCACCUCUUCCACUUCGAAACCAAAUAUUCCAUCACAGUGACGUAAGCCAACUAAGUAAAAUGCAAAAACAAGAACUGCUUGGCCAAGAAUGACAAAAUUGCAAAUCCCCCUAGUUAGGAAACAGUGUCGAGAGCCAUAAGCCUUGAUAGACAGUACCCUCUAGUGGUUAAAUUAUUAACACACAUGCUGUUGGCCAUCUACUGUAUAGAUCAAAGGAUUGAGAACAGCACUGCACCUGAAAAAAAUGUUUUAUCAUGAAAUACCUUGUUUAAUAUUAGAUCAGAUAUCCCAUAUAUGAUAUGACUAUGUUUAUGUGAAUAUUUAAACAAUAAACCAGGGCAGGCAGUAUUGUGAAUGUAGGCUAUCGCAGCUGAGGGGUGUUGUUCGGCCUGGAGUGAGUUAUUGCUUUUACUAAUCUGUUACUAAAUAUGAAAUAGAUAUUAUAGACAUAAUCCAAUUAAAAAACAGUUUUUAAAAAUUGAAUUACAAGAACAGGCAAAUUUACAAGAAAGUAGAUACCAGCUCCCCGCAAAGGUCUGUCUGCAUGCUGCAGAUGGAUACUCUUGGGAAAAUAGGGGCAGGCGGUUUCAGUGCAACAUGAGUAACCCCCCUUUCUUCUGCCAAACUAGCUAGCAAGCUAACAUUAGUGAGCCAACAAGAGUUUAUGCCUUAUUGAUGUUUAUUUGUAUGUUCCCAUCAAUUGUGCAACCACUGAUAAACUGUCCCAUCAGUGGAAUCACGUUUCAUAGAUAUGCUCGUUUUGUUAGGUGGAAGAUGCGCGUUGCUUGGCGUGGGGAGAAUUCUGCUCCACCUUCUACAGUCUCUGAGUUUCAGUUGCCAAUAGCUCUAGAGAGAGUUCUCACACUUGUGACCACUCAUGGACAUAAUCUCUCAACUCAAGACCCACAUCAGAAAGUUUCAAAUGUUUCCAUUUUGUGACUGCUGAUAAUCAUUACAUGAAGCUAACGGUUUUUUAUUUUGACUUGAAUGACUGCUUAGCCGUGGCUGAUAAUUGAAAUGAAACUGUGUAAAGAAGCAUUAGACAUCAUAACCAUGGUAGAAUAGUUAUUAUGGUUACUGUUCAAUCAGAUUGCAAAAUUUGCCCGUUUUAUAAUGUGUAUUUGCCUCUCGCCCAAUGCAUGCUGGGAUAGGCUCCAGCACCCCCCGCGACCCUGCCCAGGAUAAGCGGGUAUAGAUAAUGGAUGGAUGGAUAAUGUGUAGUAUUUGUAUAUGGAGAUCCACAAAGCAUCAUUCUUCAAUCAAUACUAAUUCAUAGAAAACAAAUCCUGCAAAACUUCAGGGCAGCAAUCAAUUCCACGUUCUGGAAAUUGAAAUGUUGUGGUACCAUCACACCAAUAAAAAAACAACAUUUUUGAUAAUUCUCAUCAAUAUGUAACACUUUGUAGAAAAAGGAAAUAAAUAUACCAUGUAUUUAA